CAAGAAGGAACACCAAAUGCUCUCAACCCGUCUCCUCGCAAUGCAGAAAAAGCUCUCGCUCGAGACCAAGAUCCGCGACGCCGCCCUCAACCUCUCGCGCGUCAACGCCCCGCACAAGACCGUCUCCCGCCAAACAGAAGAACAAGUCGCCGCCGCCGAGCGCAAGGUCGACGAGGCGCAGAAAGAGCUCUGGCGCGUCGCAGACCGCGCCAACGACGUCCAGCGCCGCCUGCUCGAGCACCGCGCGGGCGUGCUCGGGUACACCGUGUCCAAGAUGGAGCGCACGAUGGCCCCGCCCCAGCUGCCGCCGCAUCUCCCGUUCGACGAUGACUACGCCGCGAACGGGAUCGGGUCCGGCGGGCCGAGCACGCCGAGUCGCGCGCUCAGUCCGGGCGCAUCGUCUGUGGCUUCGGCGACGUCGGCGACGACGCACUCGUCCGCGGCACGGUUCGACGGCGCGCAUCUCUUCGCGGGGCACGCGCAGGCACAGCUCCCGCGCGCUCCGCCGAGCGUCGUGGAAGUGCUUGCGCUCGAGGCGCGCCUGCGUAAGGCGACGGACGCGCUUGCGGAUGCGAACAGGAGGCAGGCGGAGAGCGCGCGCGAGCUUGCGCAUCUGCGGCUCGAGAAGGCGCAGGUGGAGGCGACGAUGAGCAUGGAGCUGCAGAGCGCCGAGGAGAACGCCGCUGCGCUGGAAACGGAGCUGCGGCCGCGCCUCGAGGGGCUUCUCGCUGAGCGCGAGGCGUGGGAGGCUGAUCGUGCAAGGCUUGAGGAGCGCGAGGAGGAGGUGGAGAGGCUUGAGGGGAGGCUCGAGGCGCUCGAGGAGAGGAGCGGCGAGUCUGUCGAGAGUACACGUGUGCUCGAGACUGCGCUGGAGGAGGCGAGGGCAGAGCGCGAUGCGGCGCAGCAGCGGGCGGAGGGGCUGGAGAGGGAGGUGGAGAGGGCGCGGCAGGAGAAGGACGAACAGCAGAUCGCGCAGACACCCUAUGAGGGCCCACCGAUGGAAUAUACAGGCGACAGCGCAGCGCUCGUCGCACAGCUACAGCCCCUCUGGGACGCGCUGCCCGCGCCCGAGGCGCGCAUGAGCAAGUUCCGCGCACAGCGCCACCUACGCGGGCCCAGCGGCGCCUCCUCCGCCAACGCGAGCUCGGCGCCACCGAGCCCCGCCCCGGGGAAGGCGACGACGCUAUCGGACAACGACGUGCGCUCGCUGCGCACGCUGUACGACACCGCGGGCGUCCCCGGCGCGUCGAAGGCCGGGUUCUCGGUCGAGGCGCUCGUGGGCCGCGUGCAGGCGCUCGUCGCGGACGACCGGGCGCUCAUCGAUCGGCUGAUACGGUCGGCGCAGGCGCACGAGAUGUUGAAGCGCAAUGCGGAGCGCGCGCAGAAGCUCGCGGAGGACGGGAACGCGGCGUUGCAGAUGUAUCAGGACCAGGUGAACGAGCUCGAGGACGAGAAUAUGCGGCUGGUCGCAAGGGGGGAUGAACUAUCAACCGAAAUCCGCCACCUCCGCGACACCCUCGACCAGGCGCGCGCGACGUCCAGCAUCGGCGCCCCUGCUGUCAACGGCAACGGCAACGAUGCUGGUGGGGCCACCGCAGCCGUCGAGGCUGCAGAGCGCGCCAAGGCGGCGGCGGAGGCACAGCUACGGCGGACAGAGGAGGAGCUCGAUAGUGUGCGCGCGGCGCAGGGGCAGCUGCAGAUGAGCCUGAUGAACGAGAUGACGGAUCUGCAGACGGAGAACGAUAAUCUGCGGGCGCAGUUGCGAGCUAGGAAGUGAGCUUGAGAGCUCUCAGGUAGACCUGGCUGUGGGAGGUGUGAUGUUGGCCAUGGCGUUUUCUUGUGUCUAUGUCCCCUUUUUUGUUUUGUUAUGAUACCCUCGUUUUUUAUCUUCAGAUUUCUUGAUUUGACGGUCGACCCGUUGGGUAGUAGUAUAUAGUGAU